AUGGACCAAGGUGGCGUGCGUAUGAUUGGCUUGAGUGGGCGUGGGAGGCCAAGGACUGCCCCGCGGCUGGGUGACACGCCUGCGGAUCCCUUCGGAGUUGCGGGCGUCAAACUAUUGGAGCGGAAGAACCAACCCACGCCAGAGACGGUGGUGGUGGUGGCCCGGGACAGCGUUCGUCACUUGAGAUGCAGAAGCGCUAUUGAACCCCAACCAUCAGCUGUCCUGCUCUCCUCCAAUCAGCUGCAGGCUAUCAGGCGUGCUGCACAGCAGGUGAGCGAGGAGACGCGAGUAAGGAAGAUGGAGGAGGCGAAGGAGGCGGCGAGGAGAACCCUAGAGGAGAAGGAAGAGAGGAGGAGACAGCAUGAGAAGAUUGAGGCCAGACACCGUCGUAGGAGACAACUGGAUGAAAUCAAGUGCUUGGAAGAGUGGCCGCCCGGAGACCACCAGGCCAAGGAGACACUGGAGGAGGAUGACCGCCGGGGUCGUGAGGAACUGGAGAGGGAGGAGGAAGUGAAGGACUUGAGAAAGAUGGUGCUGGCCGCCAAGUGUCACGCCAUCAGAGAAGCUCAGAUCCUGGAGAAACAACACAUCAGGAAGCUGGAGAAGGAGGAGGAAGAGAGACAGGCGAUAAUGAUGGAGGAAGCGAGGGUGAAAGGACUGAAGGAAGAGAAGGAGAGGGAGAAAGCCAAACAGGAGGUGAAUCAGCUGGCCGCUGUUGCUCUGGCUAAACAGAUACAACAGUCAGAACUUCUCCGUUAUCAACAGUUCAGGGACAAGAAGAAGGAAGCAAACAAUGUGGCUAAGGAAGCAGAGAAAUACAACACUGAAAAGGAAUUAGAGAAGAGGAAAAAGAAGGAGAAGAUGAUGAAGGAAAAGAAGGAGGCGAGAAGGGUGAAGGAAGAGGCAGAAGUGAAGAAGGAGGAACUACUCAAGACAGAGAAACUCAGAGACGUCCAGAUGAUGAAGGAGAUGAAGGCACAGGAAGCAGUGAAGGAAGCAAGGCAGGAGGAGGAGGCGGCUGCGAGGAGGGCCAAGGAGGACCUCCAGCGGCUGUGGCUCAAUGACCAGGAGCGGAAGUUGGAGGAGCGCCGCAAGAGAGAUGAACUUAAACGACUCCGAGAACUGGAAAAGCUGGAACGUGAGUGGCGGACCAAGGAGCUGACGGAGGCGAGGGCAAAGGCCCAGAGAGAAGCUGAAGUGACCAAGGAACGGCGGCAGCAGGUGGAGGACCGGCAGAAGGCGAGGAUGGCGGUGGCGAUGAAGCAGAAGGAAGAGUUACUGAGGGUGACUGACCAUUGGAUGAUAACUGAGGAGAGAGAGAGGUCGGAGCACCAGCAUGCCAAGAAGGCUAAGGAAGACUACGAGUCAAGGAUCCGAGGCCAGAUCAAGGAACAGGAGGCGAGGAGGGCGAAGGAGGCUGAUAGACUACGCCAGGAAAAGGAGGAGGCGGCCCUGCAGAUCAAACUCAGACAAGCUGCCCUCACCAGACUCAAGCUGGACACCAUGCAGGAGCUCAGGAAAAUGGCCCUUCCAGAGCAACUAGUUCUGGACCUUGAGAAGAAACUCAACCUGAAAAAAAAUAAAAAUUAAACUUGUGAAAACUUCUAUGGUCCUCUAGUGAGUUUCAAACCCUCUUCACAAAGUAUUAAAACAUAAAAAUGUCCAAAGGAGGGUUACCAGACUGGUGCCUGCACUUUGGCAAUUCAGCUAUCCAGAAAGAUUAGACGCCCGCACCUGCCUAGCUUAUACUACAGACGGGCAAGGGGGGACCUAAUUGAGGGGUAUAAACAUCUCAAAGGGCACU